AUGGGGGAGGCUGCAAAAAGCAUUAAUCAAGGGGGCUUAGGCAUUAGAAGAAUAAGAGAUGUAAAUGCAUGUCUAUUGCUUAAAUGGUGGUGGAAAAUUGGAACUCAGAUUAAUUCUCUUUGGAGGAGGGCUAUAUGUAGCAAAUACAAGAUAGAUGAGGCUUGUUGGAAUCCACCGGUAAGUUUCUCCUACAAACAUUCUAGAGUGUGGAAAGACAUCUUAUCUAUUGGGAACCAUUGCAAUAAUAUUUUCAAUUUUUAUGCGGAUAAUUGCCUUAAGAAUGAUUUUCCCCUCCUUUUCAAUCUCUUAACUGAUAAAGAUGGUUCUCUUCAUCAAUACUUUGAUAGAAAAACCAGCCCAAAUACUUGGAAUUUUCCCAUUAGAAGAACGAUGUUUUCUUGGGAAUUGGAGGAAGAAGCUAGUUUGAUUGAAGCCCUAUCAUCAGCCCAUUCUGUGUCUCCACACGAAGCUGACUGUUUUUUCUGGGCUUGUGCUACUGUAAGCAGUGGUGAAUUUUUUGUUUCCUCAAUUUACUCUUUCAGUAAUUCCACACUUGGUCCUCAUCUUCCAAUUUGUAAUCAUAUCUGGAAUAGAGCUGUCCCUCCUAAGAUUUCAUUUUUCUGUUGGUUGGCUUGGAAGAACAAAAUUAAGUCAGCAGAAUUUAUGCUCAGAAUUGGUAUUUUAGACCCAUCUGUUUCCAUCAGUUGCACCUUCUAUGGCUUUGAAUCUGAAUCAGCCACACAUGUCUUGCUUCACUGCCCCUUUUCAUGGCAGAUUUGGUCCUCAAUUAUUCAUGAAUGGGGGCUUUCUUGGUGCAUUCAAGAUUCAGUUGAUGGCCUUCUUCAAUGGUGGAUGAGAGUAAACUUCAAUCACUUUGAUAGAUUAAUUUGGAGAGCUAUCCCGCUCAUUGUUCUUUGGUCGUUGUGGAAGUGUAGGAACGAAUGUAUUUUCGAAGAGGCUCAACCAAAUAUUUCAGAUUUGAGUGAAACUAUCAAAGUCAGAGCUGCACUAUGGCUGAAAGCAAACAUCAAGGACCUUCCCUUCUCAGUUGAUGAUUUAACCUUCAACUGGAGGCAAAUCAGAGCUGGGAAUUCAAAUCUUUAG